AUUAGUGACAUCCGCAUUUCAGAAAUAACUUUACUAUCGAGCAGUACUACAAUAUUUUAUUGUUGUCGAAACAAUGCUGUUCAUUGUUGUUGUAUUGAGUAUAAUGUGUACAAUAAUUUAUUUUAUUUGGAAUUAUUAUUUUAUAUUUCCUUUUCGGACAAUGAAAUCGUUACCCGGUCCAAUACGACUGCCACUUAUCGGUAGUUCAUAUAUUUUUCUACAAAAAGGUCUUUUUGAUGCUAUGGAUUACUUGUGCAAAAAAUUUUCGUCUCCGUUCCAAAUAUGGAUUGGUUCAUAUUUAACGAUCGUAAUAUAUGAACCAAAUCAAGUCAAGACUAUUUUAAAAAGUCGCUUUUGUUUAAAUAAACAUAAGAUAUAUAAAAUUUACAAACCAAUAUUUGGCACAGGAUUAGUAACGAUUUCUGGAAACAUAUGGGUUAAAAAUCGGAGAAUAAUAGCUCCAGCUUUUAAUGCAAGCAUGUUGCAAAACUAUUUUGAUACCUUUGUUCAAGAAUCUUUAACGUUCAUUGAAGAAUUAGAAACAAUUAAUGGAAACGAAGUUAUUUUUCUUGAACAUAUACAAAAAUGUACUUUAAGAACUUCAUUUGACACUAUGUUUGGCAUUAAAAUGGACACAAAUACAAUCAACGAAACUUUGAAAACUGUUAACAGUGCGUGUAACGGAAUAGGAUAUAGAUUCCGCAACUUAAUCAUGUCUUUUGAUUUUCCAUUUAAUUUCACUUCCAUUGCACAAAUACAGCAAAAUAAUAUAGCCUUUUGGAAAACUCUUUCUGAUAAGAUUAUACAACAAUGGGCAAGUAAAAUGAAUACAACAACCGCUAACAGUGACACAGCUUAUAACAGAUUUCUUGACAUUUUAAUGAAUUCGUCUCAUAACAAACAAUUCACGCAAAAGGACAUUCACUUCAAUAUAAUUACACUGCUGACAGGGUCCUAUGCUAGCACGGCCGUUACAAUAAAUUUUGCGACCUUUAUGUUAGCAAAUUUCUCAGAAAUACAAGAGAAAGUAUAUAAAGAAUUGUUAGAAAUUUAUGGCACAAAAACUCCAAAAGAUGCACCAAUUAAAUAUGAAGAUUUAGAACGUAUGCAUUAUUUGACUUGCGUUAUUAAGGAAACUCUAAGACUUUUCCCCACUUUUCCUUUAAUUGGACGAUAUCUAGAGACUGACUUAAAAAUAGGAAAUAAUAUUAUUCCAAAAGGUACCAAUAUUAGUAUAUCAAUUCUCCAAAUGCAUCGAGACGAAACAUAUUGGCCAAAUCCAUUAAAAUUUGAUCCAGAGAGAUUUCUUCCGCAAAACCUACAAAAUUCUGAAUUAUCUUGCUAUAUGCCUUUUAGUAGCGGGCCAAGAAAUUGCAUAGGUGAAAAAUACGCAAUGAUGGGAAUGAAGGUUAUUCUGGCAACGUUAAUAAGAACGUUUGUUUUUAAAGUGAAUGAAAUUAUUGAAAUCGACAAAAUUAAAUUAAACAUGAAUACAGAAUUAAUAACCUUAGAGCCAUUAAAAAUUAUAGUCAAAACACGGAAUCUAUAACGUAUAAAAAUGUUGAACAAAGAAGAACAUAUAAUAUCCGAAAUACGAUUAUUACAUAAAUAAGUGACUUUUUUCAUGGCUUCCUAUGGUCGCAAAGUCGCCGAUUGUGCGAGAACGUCUUAGAUGUGCACAGUGUAAAAUGGACACCACCAAUCAGAUUACUGAGUUAGUUAGGGUUAGGCGACGCCCCCCUCUCCCCCCGCCAAUAAUUUUUAUUUUUUUGAAAAAGUUUUUUUUUUUUAAACCGCGCGCACUGCUUAAGCCCGUAUCAGACUACCAACUAAAAAUAAAGAAAAUAAGCUUCCUUUCUCGAAUAUUUGAAAUAAACUUUCUUGAUUUUGUGCAAUGUAAAUAAAAAUAUAUGUAAGUAUAUAAGAUAUUAAAGCUCGCAUACUUAUAUUUGAAGCUAUUUUAGAACCUGCGGCAUCAUUCUUGCGGGCUGUUUGUAAAAUGCUAAGGAACUUUCCAACUUUCGAUAAGAAAUGAUAUAAUGUAAUAUG